GAAGGCGCAAAUAUGAACCCUUUAACCAAGGUGAAGCUGAUCAACGAACUGAAUGAGCGAGAGGUUCAGCUCGGGGUGGCAGAAAAGGUGUCUUGGCACUCGGAAUACAAGGACAGCGCCUGGAUUUUUCUUGGAGGGCUUCCUUAUGAACUGACAGAAGGAGACAUCAUCUGUGUGUUCUCACAAUAUGGGGAGAUUGUCAACAUUAAUCUUGUGAGAGACAAGAAGACUGGGAAAUCCAAAGGAUUCUGUUUCCUGUGCUAUGAAGAUCAGAGGAGCACAGUUCUGGCUGUUGACAAUUUUAAUGGAAUUAAGAUCAAGGGAAGGACUAUCCGCGUGGACCAUGUGUCAAACUACCGGACUCCUCAGGAAUCAGAAGAUGUGGAUGAUGUGACCAGAGAGCUGCAGGAGAAGGGCUGUGGGGCUAAUACACCUUCAUCAAGUUCUCCUGAGGUCUCUGAAGAUGAAGAUGGCAAACCCACAAAAAAACACAAAAAAGACAAAAAAGAGAAAAAGAAAAAGAAAGGAAAAGAGAAGACUGAACACAGGAAACUAGCAGAACCGCCGUCCUGCUCUUUGUCCUCCAGCAGCAAGACAGCAAAGGAAAAGGAUGACCAUGGCCCAAAGAAGCACAACAGCAGGAACUCAGAGAAAGCCCAGAAGUCUGAAUCCAGAGAGGGAAAGAAGAACCAAGCAGACUCCCCUGAUGUCAGGAGUUCCUUCCAUGGUAGAGCAGGGGAUCCUGAGUGGGAGCCAAAGAAAGAGAAACCCAAGCACGAGCAGAAGUCCUCGAGCAGGAGGCAGGGAGAAGAAAAGAGCAGAGAAAAGGAUAGAGGGAGGAGCUCAGGUGCUGCUUAUUCCAGCAGGCAUGGUGGGCAUUCUGAAGGGCGGAGUCAUAGAAGCAGAAGUAGGAGUCUGGAUAGGUCCCAUUGGCAUAAAAAGCAUAGGCACUCCCGGGAGCGGGAGUCCUUCCAUGCCAGUGACCGUAGACAUUACUGAAGCCUGUGCCAACAAAAUUAUGAAUUUUCAU